GUCUUCCUUGUAACUUUCGCAUUCUCAGUGAAGCUUUUGCUUCCGGUUCGCACCGUGCCUGCAGUCGCACAGACUUAGUAGACUUUGAGCGGUUGAAUCCCUUUCGGACGGAAACUUAAAAAGCAAGACACACAUGUAGUUAGGAAAAGUAAUAGCCCUUUCCUUGCAAACUAACCUCGCUCUCGUGAAGAUUUGAAACAUCCAUACAUCAAUAUCAUAGGUAAAGGGGUGACACCCCUUGGAGACCCCGAUAGUACGUCACUGAGACCCCGAUAGAAAUUCUUGACAUGGAUUUCAAGCUUUAGUUAUGACAUGGGAACGGACCCCUAUUCGCUAUGGACCCUAUGGUAGACCCUAUCGAUUAUACUGCUGCUGAACUAGGCCUGGGAGGAUUAGUCAAAAGCUCUGGCCAUAAUGGGGAGCAGGCCACACCUCUUCGGUCCAUUUGGCUCGAAGCAUUCAACGACCCUGUGGCUGGCAUUACAGCCUGCACGCCUUGCGUGCAUACUUGUAACCUGUUUGGCGACGGGGACAAUCGAUUAGUUAUCGCUGAGGAGGAUCGGAAGCUAAAGGUAUGGAAAGGCACUCAGAAGGCUUCGGAGUUCCUGCUGCUGGACACACCGGUCGCAAUUUGCAGCUACAUAUCCGAAAAUACGGCACCACGACUGCCAGCUCUUGCCGUGGCUGCUGGCUCCAACAUCUUCAUCUACCGCAACCUGCGCCCCUGCCACAGGUUCCAGCUGCCCCCGGAGAACGUCAACACGGAGGAGCAGGACGUGUGGCAGAAGGUGAUGGAUGGUGAGAUUGUGAUCGGGGAGGCGGUGGCGCAGCUGACCAGGCUGCAGGACGCCGGCGAGGUGCUUCAUACACGCUCUCUGCAGCUGAUGAAAAUCGGCGACAUGGAUGCCAAGAUGGCGUUCGUGAAGCACUGGCAGGGUCAGCCGCUGGUGCGCACCACCGUCAUCACGUGCAUGGACGUGGUCAAGCAGGCAAUUGACGAGCCCGACGCCGUGAGCUGCCUGGUGGUGGGCACUGAGAGCGGCCGCAUCCUCAUCCUCAACGCGGCUGGCGACGCAAUCGUAAAGAACAUCUGGGUGGGAAGCACACCCGCCAUGAUUGCCGUACAGGGCGAGUUGGAUGUGGAGUACCGCAUCACGGUGGCGGGUCGCGACGGCAAGCUGUACCACAUCCGCAACGGGGAGCUGACGCAGACCAUCAUACAGCUGGAGGCGCAACCCGUGGGGCUGGUCCCGCUGCUGAAGCACGUGGCAGUGGGCUGCAUGAACGACGUCAUCCACGCCUACCAGCCCACCGGCCACAAGUCCUGGUCCAUCUACCUGCCCGCGCACAUCCUGGCAAUGCAGCGAAUGGAGGUGGCGGGGCAGUGCGGGACAAAGGCGCUGCUGGUGGCGCUGGCGAAUGGCGAGGUGCGUGUGUACAACGAGGAGCUGCUGGUGAGUGUGCAUUCCGUGCCCAACCCCGUCACCGCGCUGUGGUUCGGGCGCUACGGGCGGGAGGACAACACGCUGCUGGCCAUCACCAAGAGCGGCGCGCUGGACAUUAAGGUGCGGGUGUCCCCUUUACUUCCCACCUCUGCUGUGUUCCCCUCCCCUCCCCUGCCCGCCUGGCCCGGCCGACAUGGGUCGGAGGGUGUUCAGCUCGCGGGUUGGUGGUUUGCCGCUACAGGCAUGCAUCAGUUGGCCAUCCCUAUACCCACCCGACCCUCCUCGUCCUCUUCACCAGCCUGCCCCUCUUCGUCCUGCCCCUCUUUGUCCUGCCCCUCUUCGUCCUGCCCCUCCUCGUCCUGCCCCUCCUCGUCCUGCCCCCCCUCCCCCUCCCCCGCAUGCGCCCCCCCGAGCAGAUCCUGCCCCGCACCGCCAACCUGGAGGUGGGGGCGGUGGGCGGCGGACCGCCACCCGAGCAGCGCCUCGAUGACAGGCUUGCAGGCGCCCAAACGUCCGUGCAGAGGGAUUCCGCUUCAGCCUCGACGGCGUCAUCCGCCUCCGCCACCACAGCCGUCAAGGCGCUAUCCAGGAGCACAAUGCGGUGUCCUUCCUUCUUCCACUCGUGGUGGCCGUAGUUGCCGACCUCCAUCGCCUAACACACCGCGGGCUCGCCCCUGUCUGCCUCUGGCCGCGAGGCUGCGCAUAAGGUUGGACAUAAAUGAGUUAAUCGGGUGUUGGCGUUGCUGCGGGCAGGGCACUGGUGGUGGGGCACGCGGCGCGACCUGCCGCAGGCUGUACGGAGCUGCGAGGCUUGUGACCUCAGCAACGCCAGGGGAUCAUGCGGCCGGUGCAGCUACAGCCGCCGGAGGUGAAGGGGCUGUUCUAGGGUGUGGAAAAGGUGACGCCUCUUGCGGCUGGUGGUGCGCUGGGCGGGGCACAAGAGGGCCUGGAUUCCAGUGGGAGUUGAAGAGCCGGGGCUGCCGUGCAAAAUCGGGGCUUGUGGGCUGGGUUUUGGUGUCAGUGACGGAAUAAUCAGUAGACAACGGAACACUUGCUGAAGAGGGGUGGACGGACGGUUAUUAUGGCUCGGACGGACGGCCAGGGGAGGACGGAUGGUUAUGGUGUGCGAGCGUCAUGCCUUUUCGUACCUGCCGUGGCGUGACCUGCUGUAGUGCCAUGUUGGUCUCCUUCUGCGCUUUACCUGUGUUGGCGUGGUCGGGGUUCCUUGAUGACAACCAACCCCAUGCUGGUUUGGGUGUGGGGAGGGAGUACGGACCCCGGUGGCACUGGUUGGCCAAACCAGCGUUGGGGCACUGCACCAUGUUCCC